AUGGGCUGUGGGUGGUGUACAUUUAUGGUCCCCCCAGGCGAACCACAUUUCAACGCUUCCAACCGCCUCGUGAAGCACAUGCAUGAUGUUGUAGACCUGCGCAUGGCAGAGGGUUGGGGGAGAGAACUUUUCAACAUAAUCCUGGACUCAGCCAACUCCACGGGUAAUCAGAUUUCGGGCCUCAAAAAGCCAUUCCAGACUCGUCUCCCGGCUACCUUCCGAACGAUAUCCAAAGCCCAAUCAGGAACGAUAAUACCUCUGAUAUCGAACAAUCACGUGAUAUUACAGUUCCAGGUACGGGGUUCGGAAUCCGUUAUUUUCACGUGA